AUGUGCAUUGGCGCUUUUGUUUGGCAAACAAAUCCUCACUAUCCACUCAUUCUCUUUCUCAACAGAGACGAAUAUCACAAUAGACCGACAAAGGAGGCGGGAUGGUGGGAAUGUGGAGAGAUUUUGGGUGGGAGAGAUGAAGUUGGUGGCGGGACAUGGAUGGCUUGUUCUCGAAAAGGGAGAAUGGCUUUUGUAACUAAUGUUCUUGAGCUUAAUAGUUUCUCCAAGGCAAGAACUAGAGGAGAUCUUCCUAUCCGAUUCCUUGAGAGCUCAAAGAGUCCCAAAGAAUUUGCAGAUGAAGUAGCAAAGGAAAGUGAUCAAUAUAAUGGGUUUAAUCUGAUAAUAGCAGAUCUAUCUUGCAAUUUGAUGUUAUAUGUCUCCAACCGACCCAAAGAAGAACCACCCACCAUUGAAGAAGUUUCACCUGGUGUUCAUGUUCUCUCCAAUGGUAGACUUGAUUCUCCUUGGCCAAAGGCAGAAUGGUUGGGACUUAACCUAAUAACAUUGCUUGAAGAGAAGGAAAUGGAAUUGAACAAAAUGGUGCAUAAGCUAAUGAGAGAUACAGUUAAAGCUGACAAGAGUAAAUUACCUCAUAUUUGGUCUCUUGAUUGGGAGUUAAAUCUGAGUUCUGUCUUUGUCCAAUUCGAAACUCCACUGGGUCUGUUUGGAACAAGGAGUACUAUUGCUUUGACUGUUGGGUUUGAUGGAGAAGUAUGUUUCAAUGAAGAGUAUUUGGAGAAUAAGAAAUGGAAGGAGAAGACUUUCAAAUAUAAUAUCAAUGAAGCCAACAUUACUCACAAACAAUCAAUUUGA